AUGUACAAGUCGCACGAUACUUAUCUAAACGAUGACAUCGAAUCUCAACAUCCUUGUACAUCUCAUAUUGAGCUCAAUAAUUUAAAAUUAUAUGAAGAUUCCCCCCCUCAAACUACUGGCUCGGAUCAUCGUUCAGAAAGUGAUCGUACUUCUGACAAUAGAUCUUCCAAUACAGCAGAUGCUGAAAAUAAACAUAUACCGAGAUCGCCAGUACCAACUACAGAAAAUUCUAAAAAUUUUACUCGUAUGCGUCGUAUGCAUCAUAUGCCAGAAGAAAUAGAAAAGCAUUAUGGUGUACGUCCAUCGAAAGAAGGUGAAAAAGUUGUCUGGUACUUCGACAAAAAACAUGCCCUGUGGCUUGCACGUGCUAUAGAACGUGGUUGUAUUAAGGAUCGUGGUGUGAGAAAAACAGUGGAAAAGAUAGAAGCAGCUGAAAUAAUACCAAAUGAUCAAUCAGAAGAAACUAGAUUAUUCAGAUACUAUUUAAAUGAAGCAAAAGAAAAGAAUGAUGCUGUAUUUUUGUUGAGAGCUUACACGUUAGAUUGUUUCUUCUACCGUCACCUUAAUAUAUACAUGGCAACAGGUAAUGCAAAAAAAGUAUACAAAAAACUAUGUCAUAAAUGGAGUGGUUACUAUACAGGCGUAUUGAUGAGAAAUCCUGCACUGAAAGAUUAUCAUUAUCGUGGAAUAACAUAUCGAGGUAUGCUGAUAACUCACGAAGACGUCGAAAUAUAUGAAAUUGGUGCUCUUUUUGUAAAUAAAGCAUUUCUAUCAACAUCAAAAUCAUAUGAAGUUGCCAUGCGUUUUUCAAUGCCACUAAAUCCAUCAACAAGCAAAAUAUCUGUCAUUAUUAUUUAUGAAAUUCGCAAUCGAACAUCAGCACUUGAUAUUGGACAUUUAUCAAUAUUUCCAGAAGAAGAAGAAGUUUUAAUGAUGCCUGGUUGUUUAUUUCAAGUGAUGAGUAUCAAUACGGAUAGAAUAUCAACCGAUGCGGAUAGAAUAACAACCACUAUUUACGUAAAACAAAUAUCAAACGUCUGA